AUGCUAUCCUUUAAGCUGCUCUGCUUGCCUCCCGAACUCCUUGUGUCGGUGUUGGACUAUUUGACCGAAUGCGACCUAGCUCGCUGCAGUCAGGUCUGCCACACUUUAAACAACGCGAUACAAGGAUCUACCCUCUUUCGCUACAAGAUCGAGCUUGCACUCACCGGUAUGAUGGAUGGCGCGUCCAAGCGAUUCUCUGUUGCCGAGAAACUAGCCAAAUUGAAAGAAUUCAGCGAAGCCUGGACACACCUGAGUUUUUCCUGGACGCGGUCAAUCCCCAAUCCCGGAGAAUUCGGCUGUUUGACGAGCGGUAUUUAUGCAGUCUCUCGCCCAUCAAUUCCCGGUGCCAUCGACUGUUAUCAAGUUCCCUCGCGCAUUCGGGACGUGCAGGAGAAAAGCUGGAUUCUGGAGAAUGGAAUCAUCGAUGUCCCCUUCUCCAUGUUCGAGAUAGAUCGCGCACAGGACCUCAUAGUCAUGGUCGAAACGUCCCUAACAGCAUUCCUAGACUUACACCUGCGCUCACUGACUCACCCAGAUAAACCUCACCCCAUUGCAAAACGACCGACGUUAUCAUCGCUCGAGUUCCCAGAGUACUGUGCAACCACACUUUAUGUUCAAGCCGAUGUCGUAGGUUACAUGGUCCACAACUCCGGGCAAUGGGAAUCUCAUCUGCAAGUGUGGAACUGGAAAACCGGGAUCAAAAUAUUGCAUGUUUGUAAUGCAGCAUUUCCCUUCGCUCUCACUUCCUUUGCCUUUAUAUCCGAGAAUCAUGUCAUGUUGUCCCUACCAGAUCGGUUGCUUGUGUUCGAGUUCGAGCCGUCAUCGGAGACGGACAUCACGCCUCUCUGUAAUAAGGGCCCUAUUCUACAGUUAGGUCUGCCUGAUAUCUCUGAUGGUGCCCUUCUCGUGCGCUCGUCCUUCGUAGCCCACAAUCGUGUCACGAUGUGGACACCUCCAGAACAAGAUGCCCCAUUUAGGACGUCAGGCGAGCAUGCGCUCUUCGUCGUCACACAGACCCUGCUACGGAGGAACAGCGAAAGCGACUUUUCUGUCGUGUUUUUGGUGCAGGCGUCCGUGAUACAGUCGCUGCUGUCCAAGGCCACGGGGCACGCAAGGACUCAAUACCACCCAUGGGCAGAUUGGGGUGUUCGCGGCACCCGAGUGCUCACUUUUCCUCUCGACACGGAUUUAUACAUCGACGUGCGCGGUUCGAAGGCAAUGAUCGCCUUUAUGCCUGACCGCGAUGUCCGCAGUCUGUGCGUUGACAUUUACGAGAUCAACGAACGAAUCUGGAAGCGCCAGUCUCCCCUGGGUGCCCUACACGAUCAUGACAUUAUCACAGAGCCAAGCACGGUUCAGGAGCUCGGGUGGUUCCGCCAGGAAAUCGCCACCAGCCUACCGUAUCGGGUCACCAGGACGAUCGUGCAAACGCAAUUUUCCAUUCACGAGUUUGAAGACAGGGAUGCCUACCGGGACUGUUUUCUCAUGGAAGACGGGCUCGCCAUAUCGCACGCCGAUGAGUCAUGUCAGUUCUACAUUCUAUGA